GGAAAAGGGGAAGAGACGCGGGAGAAGCCAUGUCGCCUCGCCGAUUGUGAUGCCUCACCGCACCCCUUGCAAGCGCACCUAUUACCUCAAGUUCAUUCGCUAUGGCCGCCUUGACCAAGCGCCAAUGGUCUUGCAGGAUUCUCCGAAAGGCCUGCAAGAGUACAUGGCCGAGUCCAAAUACACCACUCUGAAAGAGAGGAUGGACAAUGCCGUGCUGCCAGUCUAUGUGACUGCUCGCAGGGUUCAGUUUAUGAUGUGGAUGAGCAGUGCAGUGCUGGUCAUGGCAUUGAUUGUUUUCGUCGUGCUCCUUUUGAUCCACGUGCAGGAAGACUGCGAUGAUCUGCUGGGAUACAUGCUGCCCGCAUUGCUGCCGGCCCUUAGCUUCAGCAUGCACUGCCUCCUCCAUCAAUAUCGCAAAGAACGGUUGGAAUUGGCGCUGAAGGAAACCACCGACCAGCUACGGGGCUUGGUGACCUGGGAGAGUCGGAGGUUCACAGGCAUGCGCUUGAAGCUGAGGCUUGAGGAUGGGAAAGGUCAAAAGUCAAAGCACGGGAUGCAUAUAGAGCUCACCGUGUGGCUGGACACCCGGACCGGGCGAGUGAUUGACCCAGACGACUUCGACUUCAACGGUCAGCAGGAGAGUGGUUUAAGCUGUGACAGCUUCGAGGCAGACCUGGAGCCUGUGCCGGAGGAUUCCCCGAUGUCAUCUCCGCGGAAGGACGCGGUCUUUGUGGACAUCACUGCCCCCGAUGAUGCGAAGGCAGACCUGGAGCCUGUGCCGGAGGAUUCCCCGAUGUCAUCUCCGCGGAAGGACGCGGUCUUUGUGGACAUCACUGCCCCCGAUGAUGCGAAGGCGACUCCGAAGAGAGGCGAUGCGAGCUCUGCCUGCUUGGAUUGUCCGAAACGGGGACAGUCGAAAAGAACCUAUGAGCAAGUCGUUCACUUGUAGUGUGAUCCGGCAGCUCUUUUAGCGGCUGACGUCAGGAUUCCAGACGAAGGCGGUUCGUGCGUCGAAAGACGCAAUGCGUGUUUCAGACGACCAGGACCGGCUUGCAACACGUGGUUGUUUUCCUGUCG